AUGGCGCCGAAGACUCUCCCGCCAGCGGCCAAACAGGCCCUCAUCCUCACCUGGUUCCAGCAAUCAGGCGUCGCUCACAGCAUCAAAGAUCUUGAAAAGGCACUUCCAUCCGUGGCGUCCAUCAAUGGCAUGCAAGUCAAAGACUACCUUCAAGCGCUCUCCGAUGACAACAAAAUCCGCGUCGAGAAGAUCGGCUCCGGCAACUGGUAUUGGAGCUUCCCCAGCGAGGCAAAGAAAGCCAAGGAAGACUUGAUCGCAAAGUCUACGGAGGAACGCGACAAGGCCAAUGACACUGUGGCGGAGUUGAAAGCGAAAGUCGGAGAAGCCAACGCUGUACGUGAGGAUGAAGAAGACAUGCUCAUGGGUGGAGGCGAAGACCGAGAGACACUCACCACGAGGCUCGCUGCGCUGGAGGGAGAGUUGAAAACACUGAAGAAAGAGCUGGCUGGAUACAGUGACAACGAUCCCGUCGAAGUCGAGAAAAGGAGAGCCGAGGCUGAGGCGUAUCGAAAGGCUGCGGAGGCAUGGACGGAGCAGAUUCAAAGCAUGGAAAUGUGGUUCAAGGAGCAGACUGCUGGCGACAGAGAAGCCAUGGUGCAGUUGAAGAUGACUUACUAUGGAGACGAAUAUGACGAAGAGGAGGAAGGUCUGAAGGAGCUCUGA